AUGGAGUUGCUGCGCAAGACGGCACUACUGCGGGUGGAGGAGCAAACGCGGGGAGUUCCGCCGGAGGAAGUUCGGGCGAUUUCACUGCACGACGUGCCGCUGCCAACUGAACGUCUUUCGUGUUUUUCGCAGUUGACGCGAUUGACACUCGUGUCGCUGCGGCCGCGGCUGCGCGCCCUCGACGGCGUCCCCCUCGCGUCCCUCCCCGCCCUCGCCGUCCUCGACGUGAGCGACAAUGCCAUCAGCGUGCCGGCGGCCCCUGCACACACACCGCCACUCCGCAAACUCUUCAUCGCCAACAACAAACUCAAUGAGUGGGAAGAGAUUGAGCGACUCGCAGCCGCGUUCCCCACACUCACCGUUCUCGACAUCACACACAACCAAGCAGACGACCCGGCGCGCUUUAACGACAUCUUCGCGCUAUUUCCAGCACUGGUGGCACUGGACUCUAAGAAUAAGGAUGGUGAGGAGGUAGCCAUAGUAGACAGUGAUGAGAGCAGCAGUGAAUCCGACGAGGAAGACGACGAAAGUGAUGCCUCAUUCAUUACAGAAGAAGAAGAGGAAGAAGAAGAAGAGGAGGAAGAAAAAAAGAACUCUGUGAAUGGCGAGAGUAGUGCACCUCCCCUUAAGCUUCCCCGGACCGAAUAG